AUGGCAUCUUAUGAGGCACUAUAUGACAGGAAGUGUAAGUCUCCUCUAUAUUCGACAGAAGUUAGAGAAGCAAGAGUACAUGAUCUAGAUUUAGUGCAGUAUACUUCAAAGAUGGUUUCUUUGAUCAAGGAAUGUCUGAAGAUAGCUUUCAGUAGGCAGAAGAGUUACGCAGAUCCAAGGAGAAAAGAUGUAGAAUUUAUAGUGAGUGACUAUGCAUUCUUGAAGGUUUCUCCUAUGAAAGGAGUUAUGAGAUUUGGGAAAAAAGGAAAGUUGACACCCCAUUACAUAGGACCUUUUGAGGUCACAGAUAGAAUGGGAACAGUUGCCUACCAGUUGGAGUUGCUACCAAACCUUUCUCAUGUCCACCCAGCUCAAGAGGGGCAUUAUAAUGUUGUUGUAUUGUGGGCCCAAGGCCUUUGGAUUAAGAAAUGUUGUUUGAGUUGUUUUGCAGAUUGGGUGACCAGAGCCAGCUUUCUAUUUCUGCUUAGCUGCUAUAGUAAUCUCCGGUUGAUCUGUGAGUAG